AUGGACGAGAAGCUCAAGGCGUAUACGCAUCCCGAGAGGGUGAGGAGGGUUGAUCAUAAAGGGAAAUACUUCAACGCCGCGGGGCCACACCUCAUCGAGCCGUCUCGGCAGCGCACGCCUUUCAUCUUCCAGGCUGGCGCAAGCAAGGCAGGCAAGGGGUUUGCCACGAAACAUGCCGAGGCAAUGUUCCUGCCAGGGAUGCACAUCGAGUCCGUGCGCAAGAGCGUGCUCGAGAUCCGGCAGACAGCAACAGCCCAAGGCCGCGAUCUAAACGGGCUGAAGCUCAUCGUCGAUGAAACCGACGAGCUCGCGCAGCAAAAGUACGACGAGUAUCUAACCUACGCAGACCUCGACGGAUCACUCGCGCUGUUUGGCGGGUGA